AGCUAAGCCCAAUGAGCCAGUUUCAGAGUGUGAGAGAAAACUGUCUUUUACAAAUAAACUUUGGGGGCACAGUCCGCUUCGCACACCCACUCUCCCCGCCGGCACCUGUCCGGCGAUAUCUCCGAUCAGAUACGCCUCCACCACCACCACCACCACCACCAUAACCGCCACUUCUUCUUUCGAUUCCAAAGAUGGACGAAGUUUCUCUCAACAGUGAACCUGUAUAUGAUGACGAAGCUGAUGGAUUUGAGAUUGAAGGAGACUGCGCUAUGACAGACUACAUUGGUCAAACCAGUGUGUUUCAUGGAGAAAAUCCCCUGCCUCCAGCUAUUGGAAUGGAGUUUGAAUCCUACGAAGAUGUUUAUUGUUUCUACAAUUGCUAUGCUAAGGAACAAGGAUUUGGAGUCAGAGUAAGCAAUACAUGGUAUAGAAAGAGUAAAGAAAGAUAUAGGGGAAAACUAAGCUGUAGCAAUGCAGGGUUCAAAAAGAAAAGUGAAGCAAACCGACCAAGACCAGAAACAAGAACUGGUUGUCCUGCAAUGAUAAAGUUCAGGUUGAUGGACAACAAAAGGUGGAGAAUAAUUGAAGUUGAGCUGGAGCACAACCAUUUGAUUAGUCCAGCUAGUGGAAAAUUUUAUAAAUCCCAUAAAACUAUGGGUGUUGGAACCAAAAGACCAGUGCAAUUAAAUAGCCCUGAAGAAGUUCAAAAAAUAAGGUUGUUUCGAACAGUCAUUAUUAAUUCCGAGGACAAUGGAAACUUGUAUAUUGAUGAAGCAGAAUCUGGGAAUCAAGUUGAUCAAUCCAAUCAAUUGAAGCUUAAACAAGGAGAUGCACAUGCUAUAAAUAAUUCCUUCUGUCAUUUGCAGUUGAUGAAUCCAAACUUUUUUUAUGUGAUGGAUCUCAAUGAGAAAGGAUAUUUGCGAAAUGUGUUUUGGGCUGAUGCAAGGUCUAAGGGUGCCUAUGGUUAUUUUGGUGAUGUUGUUGCAAUUGACACAACAUGCUUGAUGGACAAUUAUGAUGUGCCACUGGUGGUAUUUACUGGAGUUAAUCACCACGGACAAUCUGUGCUGUUAGGUUGUGGUUUAAUUGCAGGCAAGACGGUAGAGUUGUUAACAUGGUUGUUAAGAGCAUGGCUUACAUAUAUGUUAGGACGCCCUCCACAAUCUAUCAUUAUUGACCAAAAUGAAUCCUUGCAAACUGCUGUCACCGAUGUUUUUCCUAGAGCUUCUAUUUUACUUUCUUUAACAAAUAUCAUGAAAAGAGUUCCAGAGAAACUGGGAGGGUUGCAUGAAUAUGAAGCAAUUAAGGUGACAUUGACUAGAGCAGUUUACCACUCUUUGAGGGCAGAUGAGUUUGAAGCGGCUUGGGAGGAUAUGAUGCGGCAUUAUGGAAUUAGGGACCAUAAGUGGCUUCAGACAUUGUACGAAGAUCGUAGACAGUGGGUUCCAGUUUAUUUGAAGGAGACAUUUUUGGCAGGAAUGUUUCCUAUUUAUCAAAGCGAGGGAGUGGCUUCAUUUUUUGAGGGAUAUUUGUAUAAACAUACUCCAUUGAAAGAAUUUCUUGAUAAGUAUGAUCAAAUUCUGCAGAAAAUUUAUCAAGAAGAAAUCUUAGCAGAUUUUGAGUCGAGAACUUCAAGUUCGGUGUUGAAACCGAGAUUUUAUUUUGAGUUGCAGCUCUCAAAAUUGUACACAAAUAACAUAUUUCGGAAAUUUCAAAGUGAAGUGGAGGGAAUGUACUCUUGUUUUAGCACAAGACAAAUAAGUGCUGAUGGGCCUGUCAUUACAUACAUAGUCAAAGAACAUGCUGAAGUUGCUGAGAAUAGGAUGGAAACAAGAGAUUAUGAGGUUAUGCACAAUAUAUCUGAAGCAGAGGUUCUUUGCGUAUGUGGUUUAUUCAACUUCAAGGGAUACUUAUGCAGGCAUGCAUUACAUGUUCUAAACCAGAAUGCCGUGGAGGAAAUCCCACCUCAGUACAUUCUUUCACGAUGGAGAAAGGACAUUCGACGUAAUUAUGUUCUUGAUCAUGGCUGCAACACUAUUGAUAUUAACAACCCAGUUCACCGGUAUGAUCAUUUAUACAAACGUGUUGUGCAGGUUGUGGAGGAAGGGAGGAAAUCACAAGACCGGUACAGGUUUGCAUUGCAAUCGUUGGAGGAGAUACUAAACAAGGUUCGUCUUACAGAUGAUCAUCCAAUGUAAUAAUUAAGGCCUUAGAUCUAUGUGAUGAGAGCUUUACAUUUUACAAAACAUGAUCUGUGUGUGUAUGUACAAUCAAUUACCCAUGUAAAGUAAGUAAUUCACAAUAGCAUGCUAGAGCCAGCCUAUUUUCUCACAUUAAACAUGUUUUUCAAAUUGUUGAUUGUUCCGUAGGUUGUGUGCAGGAAUUACUUUAACGGGGCAGAAUGGUUAGGAUGAGUAAUUGUGAAUUGGAGGGAUCAUUUCCCUUACUCUCAUGGGAUUAUAAUUUUUAUGGGAGGUUAAGCAUUUUAAAGGACCAUUUUAUCGAAAUAAAAAGCAUUAAAAUGACCAGAUUAUCCUUGAUUCAGACAACUCAAUUCCAAUGGAAUGAAGUCUCUGUGACUCUGUCUCAGGCUUCAGCCAUAUGGAAUGCAAAUCCCAGUUUAUCUUCAUUGUCUGUAUAGGUUUAUACUUCCGCAUACAUAGCAUGUCAAAAAUGUUUGUUGCAGCAUGAGUCAAUUUGAGGUCUUAGGCUAUAGAAAAAUCAUUUUGGUGGACAAAUAUGACUUUAAUGUGUUAGGGGGAGAGGUGAGAAAAGGUCGAGAGUAAAAUUUGUGUGGGUGGAUAAGAAAAAAAAGAAAAGAAAAAGUAAUAGUAUUUAGAAUAUAUCACUGUAGGCUACCUUGGGCUUUUGAACUAUUGAGCUAUCGUUUAAGAACA